AACCAGCGGAGAGAAUCAAGAGCCGGAGAGGUACGCUCUGCCAACUGAGAAAUCAGUGCGGUUCCGCGGUAGUACCGGUUAACACGAUAUCCGGACUCGAUAGUCGCCUCAUUUUGAAACUGACGCCGAUUGUCGUCUAUUAUUCGCUUUCGUGUCCCGACCGAUGGAUUCUUAGCGACGGGUGAUGUGGCCCUCGGUGUGAAGUGACAGUGAGUGGAACGAUAGCGAUCGGUAUUAUCGUUGAACGUGGAUCGGAAGAUACGAUGCGCGAGAUCGUUUGCGAAAUGACAGAAAUCGGCUGAAGCAAAAGUGCACCAGAUCACAAGAAUCAGUUGUGUCCGAUUAGGUUUCGUCAGAGGUCAAAUUUCAAUCGGUCCCGUAGUGUCGACGGCGAAGUCAGAUUGCUGAAAAAACUCAACCAUGAUACCGAUGUCGUGAGGGGAAUAACAGCAGCCGCAGUUGUGCCAAAAAUGAUGAGCAAUGGCGAAGGGGUGGUAGUGCAGCAACAGGGUACCGGAAGCGCCUGCAGCAUUUCGGAAAACGUUGACAUGGCGACCUCGACAUCCGCGUCCGCGGCUAGUCUGAAACCCAGAAGCGGGAAGAUCAGUUUCAGCGUUGACUCUCUUCUGAGUGGCACUCGUCGGUCACCGGGAUCGUUAUCGAGGAAAGAAUGCAACGCCGAUCAGGAGCGAAUCAUGGAUACGGACAAAAGCAUCGACGUCGAACGGAUGGGUGCGAGGUACAGGGAACUCUUGGUGGAACAGCAAAGAUUGCACAACCAAGAACUGCUGGUCAGACUGAGCCCGCACCGGGACCAUCAGGGAUCGUUCGUCAAUCAUCAGAGAAGUGGUUUGGAGCAGCUGCAGCAGCAGUCGAGUCCUCAGCAGCCGACCGAAAGAAGGGAUCAGAUACUAACGGUGAGGGAUUUCUCGCGCACGUCCAGUCACGAAAAGUCAUCUGCACCGUCCAUCAGGAUCAGUCUGGCCGAGGUCAGGGAUCGGUUACAACAGGAUCAGGACAAACGUCCGGCGUCCUCGCCCAGUCGAGCUGGAAGUGAUUUUCGAGAUGAUCACCACGAUCUUCAGGACGAUAGGAUCGUCAACAGAUCGGUUGUGUCUCCGGCUAUGCGGAGGGAAUUCGACGACAGGAGUGAUUCCGAGGCGAACAAGUCGGUGGAAGGCGAUCGGACGCAGGAGCACCUGGACGAGGAGAACGACGUCAGAAGUGUCGGACAUUCCGAGGAUCUGAACGUUACGGACUCGGACUCGGAGAUCGAGAAGGACCCGGACGGCACACCGGAGAAGGAAAAGUCCAGUCCGGUUGUGCCGCAACCGAUCCAUCCUGGCGUUCAAAGGCCACCGGGAACGUACCUGGGGGGUCCCGGUGGUCCCGGAUGGAACCCGGGAGGAUUUCCACAUUCCCUUGCCGGGUUCGCGUGGCUCCCCCCACCUCCGCAUCCCCACAAUCCGCACGGACAUCUGUACCCUCAACACGGCGGGCCUACGAGUCCGAACGGUGAUCUGAGGCUGCCCGGUCCCGGCGCUGGUCCGGUUCGGUGUACCCUCCGGAAGCACAAACCGAAUCGGAAACCAAGAACGCCGUUCACCACGCAGCAGCUUUUAUCGUUGGAGAAAAAAUUUCGCGAAAAACAAUAUCUCAGCAUAGCGGAGAGGGCGGAAUUUUCAUCGUCGCUUCACUUAACAGAAACACAGGUGAAAAUAUGGUUUCAAAAUCGUCGGGCCAAGGCGAAACGUCUCCAAGAAGCGGAAAUCGAGAAACUGAGAUUGUCGGCGCGACCGCUCCUUCAUCCGAGUUUCGGACCGGGCCUCAGAGAUUUGGGACUAAUGUUUCCAGGUGUAGGUCCCCCAGGUGGUCCGGAAUUCAUAGCGGCAGCGAUGGCCAGACAUCCGCACGCCGCUGCCGCUGCUGCGAUGUUCAUGGCGCCUCCUGGGCACAGGCCGUAGAGACUUUGAUCGACGUUUUAUUUAUAUUUCAAUUAAAUUAAUAUCAACCUAACACUACGAGGGCCAAAAAAUCAUUAUACCGGGAUAACGUGAGACAAUUUUUUCAACGUUAAAACGAUCAUUAUGUAUUACGAAUGAGGGAAAUUCUUUCGCCGAAUUAUACGGAUGGGCGCGAGCUUGGAUAAAUAAUUUUGGAUGGACGUGUAAAUGAAGUAGAACAAGAAAAAAAAGUUGGGAUAAAAUUGAAUAGCGAAAAGAAGACGAUGAAGAAAACGCAAAAGACUUUUGAUCUCAAAAAUUAAACGAACAAAAUAGGAAAUUGUAUCCGACUGUAAAUAGUGUAAAUAUGAUACAAUAAUUAUAUUACCACAUAAUAUAUUAUAUACAUACAUAUAUAAAAUGACGCUGAAUAAAUUAAUUAAAAUGAAAUUGUGUAAAAUACAUAAAUAAUAUGUUACAUAUACGAUAAUAAUGACGAUGAUGCUAAAUAUUAUUGCCGAUAACAUGUUAACAUCAAUUAUUUAAUAAAAAAAAAAUGAAAUAAAAUGAAUAAAAAAAGUAAUAAUUAAAAAUAAAAAAUUUAAUUAAAAUCAAAACGAAAACACACACAUCAUCAUCAUUCUGUCUAACGUGGUAUUAAUAAUAUGCAAAAGUGAUAAGCGAUUCUCCUGUACCUAUAUACAUAUAUAAAUAUAUAUAAAUAUAUAUAUAUAUAUAUUAUAAUUAUAAGAUAGAUUGUAUAAAUGUAAUAUGAUACAUCAUAUAUUACAUAUAAUUUAUCCAUUGAAUUAUACAUAAAAUUAUAGUAGACGAAUAAAAAACAAAACUGAUUCAAUAUUACACUACACAUACGAAGAUUAUGAUAUCAAUAUUAUAUAUUAUAUAUAUAAUAUAUAUAUGUAUAUGGUUAUAACCUUGUAGAGAUAAUUCGAAACACUAAUUAUGAGUGAUUGUGACGUCGUAUAAUUUUAAUUACAUAACGCCGUAUUAGAAAACAGUUUCUUAAUUUUCGUCGUUCAUUUUUGUUUAAUCUUAUUUUUUAUUUAUUUUCUCUUUUUAAUUACGUUUCAUUAAUUAAUUUAUUUGAUACUUCGUAUACCCCCUUGUAUUUAUGACGGAUAUAUUAUAAUUGUAUCAACAGCUCGUGGCAAUGAUUCUAAUCGAAUAAUUAUAUAAUAAAUUUAAUUAUAUAUUUACACUCCGCGCGUCACAAGUGAUAAGGUUGGAAUGAGAAGAAGAUCAACACGAAAUAGAAACGAUAGUCUAAUCAAAAAAGCAUAAUAACGAUGUACAUUACACACAGCUCGAACGGGAGUCAAAGUUUUAGCUACUGUACAUUACCGGAUCAGCUCCGGGUCAUGAAACCGGGUAAGCGCCAAGUCAGGCAAAAUCUGAGUGAUAGACGCGUACUUAUGUACUGUACUAAAUGUACGUAAUAUUUGCGGCUGCGGGUGUAUUAUAUAGUUGUUGGAAGAAAAAAAAAAACAAAAAAAAAUUAACAACACGAGAAUUAGCGCAUGUAACGUGUUACAAUUACCUUGAAGAUACAUUAGAAUUAUUUUAUAGUUUCCCGCAGACGAUCAAAGUUACGUAAUUGCAAAAAAAAAAAGAUUGAAACAAACGAAAAAGGAUCAAUAAAAGAAAAAAAGAAUGAAAUGAAAUAAAAUGA